CAGCUUCUCUGACUAGCUUUUCGCAGCCUCCUGACUCUCCUCUUUUCGCUUAGCUCCUUGUCUUCUGAUACUACUCCCAGUAUGGAGGUGAAUCACUCUGUACAGCUCUCAGGAGAACCCCAGUCAACACCUCCAGGGGACAGUUCAUCAUUACUGAGUCAAAAUGGCCUGGAGAAGCAAGAUGAUAAGGAUUCCUCAACCACACUCCAAACAACGGAGGAUAAGGCAGGUGUGCAGUCUGAACAGGGAGUUCAAGAUAUCUCUGAGGAACUAAAUCGACAACUGGAAGACAUCAUUAACACCUAUGGGUCUGCUACUGAAAAAGAGGGUCCCGCCAAGACAAAGGAGCCACCUGAGAACAUAGAACCACUGGACAAUGAGGAUUUGGAUGGUGAUGAGGUCACUGAAGAGACGGAGAGAGAACACUUGUCUUCUGGAGAACCAACCACAACCAAAGAGCCUGUCAGCAAUAAAGAGCAAAAAUUGGAAAAGAAAAUCCUUAAAGGACUAGGCAAAGAAGCCAAUGUGUUGAUGCAAAAUCUGAACAAGCUGCAAACACCUGAAGAAAAAUUGGAUUUUUUAUUCAAGAAGUAUGCUGAAUUGCUGGACGAACACCGCACUGAGCAAAAGAAGUUAAAGCUCUUACAAAAGAAACAGGUACAAAUCCAAAAGGAAAAGGACCAGUUACAAAGCGAGCAUAGCAGAGCUGUCCUCGCAAGGAGCAAACUGGAGAGUCUAUGCCGGGAGUUGCAGAGACACAACAAGACACUGAAGGAGGAAACCCUUCAGCGGGCACGAGAGGAAGAAGAGAAAAGGAAGGAGAUCACAAGUCAUUUCCAGACCACUCUGACAGAUAUCCAGGCCCAGAUUGAACAGCAGAGUGAGAGAAAUAUGAAGCUGUGUCAGGAGAACACAGAGCUUGCAGAGAAACUGAAAAGCAUCAUUGAUCAGUAUGAGCUCAGAGAGGAGCAUCUGGACAAAAUAUUUAAACACAGAGAACUGCAGCAGAAGCUGGUGGAUGCGAAACUGGAACAGGCCCAAGAAAUGAUGAAGGAAGCCGAGGAGCGACACAAACGCGAGAAGGAAUAUUUGCUGAACCAGGCAGCAGAGUGGAAACUUCAGGCCAAAGUGCUGAAGGAACAAGAGACAGUCCUACAGGCUCAGCUUACCCUCUACUCUGGAAGAUUUGAAGAGUUCCAGAACACACUAACAAAAAGCAAUGAAGUGUUUGCCACUUUCAAACAGGAAAUGGAUAAAACAACUAAGAAAAUGAAGAAGUUAGAGAAGGACACAGCCAUGUGGAAAGCCCGGUUUGAGAACUGCAACAAAGCUCUGCUGGACAUGAUUGAAGAGAAAGCACUGAGAGCUAAAGAAUAUGAGUGCUUCGUCAUGAAAAUCGGGAGGCUGGAGAACCUCUGUCGAGCUUUACAAGAAGAGAGAAAUGAACUGUACAAGAAAAUUAGAGACGCAAAAAUGCCUGAAACGGAUGACCGAGGUCAGCACACCUCCGACGAAGAGCCCGAGUCCACCGUGUCUGGGGUCGUGGGGGUUGAUACAAAGGAAGCCGAGAGCGUUCACAACGCUGUGAAAAACCUGGCCACAGCCUUCCUGGUCAUUCAUCACCCAGAGUCAACCCCUGACCUGGCCAGAGAAAGCCAACCGGAAUUCGGCAGUCCUCAAGGGGGUGCUGACUCGGCCCUGCAGGAGCCGGAACAGUCCCCUUGGAGCCCUUUAUGCCCUUCCCGGCCUCCCCCAACUCCUCCUGCGGAAGCCGAAGGAAGCCCUGAGGCAGAACUGCCCUCCAGGCCCGGGAAUCCCCCCGCGGGGUCGGGAGCACAGGCCCAAAACCCGGGUCUCCCUGCAGCAGCCCAGGCUGACCAGCCGCCCCAGAAGCCGGAGGCAGAAGCUUCCAGUCAGGCCCGGCAGUCCCCCGCCGAGGCUCCCCUCCCAGCAAUGGAGACAAAGGGUCGGGCUCCACCAGCCAGGCCAGCUGAGCAAACUCCAGCUGGGGUGCCCGCAUGUGGGCCCAGAAGGCCGCCGCCCCCACCCCCACCGGAAGCAGCGGCAGAGGGGCUGCCCCCACCCCCACCGGAAGCGGGGGCGGCAGAGGGGCUGCCCCUACCCCCACCGGAAGCAGCGGCAAAGGGGCUGCCCGAAGGGGCCGACACCAACCUGGAAGGAGUAGACUAAGCUUCGCUGUGUCGCUGUGCUU